AUGGCCAGCGUGACGUUGUCUUGGACCUCGCCCAACGGGACCGCAUCUGCCAAUCCUUCGUCCAGCCGCAAUGCCUCCGCAACCACUACCGGCAAAUACCCCAUCACGACGGACAACUCAUGCGGCGCCUCUGCCGGCCGCAUGUGUCUCCUCACCGGCGUCAACCCCUGCUGCAGCUCGAAUGGCUUCUGCGGCGGGACGGACGAGUACUGCGGCGGCGGGUGCCAGAAAGACUACGGCAGCUGCACGCCGCCGAACGCGUCGCUGGGCAUGCCCGAGUGCAGCUGGUCGGGCGAAGGCACGUCGCCACGCUGCGACGGGCGGUGCGGGUCGGCCUUCAACAACUCGGUGUGCAGCACCACGGCCGGCCCGAACGACUUUGCCGCCUUUGGCGUCUUCGAGUACGGUUCAUGCUGCAGCGUUGGUGGCUUCUGCGGCAACUCAGAUGCGCAUUGCGGGCGGACGUGUCAGAGCGGAUGCAAUGGAACCAACUCGGAAACGAGCUCGGCGGCGGCGACGGUGACGGUCACGACGUCGGCGACGGGAGUGUCUUCGACGGGUAUGGCGAGCCGAGUGGCUGUCGCAUCGUCGGGCGGGACGGUGGCGUUGGCGCUUUCGUUGCUGGGUGCGCUGUUGGCGAUCUGA